AUGGUUGUCUACUCUUUCUAUAUAUUCGAUAGACAUGCCGAGUGUAUAUACAAGCGGCAGUGGCUUCCUCCAGCAAUUUCAACCACUGGCAAAACCUCAAGGCCGUCAUCUCAGACAUACGUCAAUGGCGGGCCGCACUCACGCUCUGUGCUAAGCGCAGAGGACGAUGCAAAGCUCAUAUUCGGGACAGUGUUCUCCUUGCGGAACAUGGUCCGAAAGUUGGGAGGAGAAGACGACAGUUUCCUUUCUUACCGAACCUCCCAGUAUAGACUGCACUAUUACGAGACACCGACUAAUACCAAGUUUGUCAUGCUCACGGACACCAAGUCUGGCUCAAUGAGGUUAGCUUUGCAGCAAAUCUACGUGAAUUGUUACGUCGAGUAUGUGGUCAAAAAUCCAUUGUCACCUGUCGAGCAUCCUGGUGGAAUCGGUGUCAACAACGAAUUGUUUGAAGCAAGCCUGGAACAAUUUGUGGUAGGAUCAAUUCUGCAUGCUGAGUGA